CUGUAGCCAAUUCAAAGGGAACGUGUACCUUGUAAUAUAGUGUACUGUAGGCGUGGCAACUUCACGCCCCGCUUCACCUUCUGAAAGAGGUCGACAGAACAAUAUAUAUAUAUAUUACAAGAAAAUUUUUCUGUUUUCUCUUUGCAUUGAAUGAUGGGAGUUUACAAAAACUCAGAGGUGUUUUGUCCCAGAACUCUGCAUUGUCGUGAAUGGGCAAGAAAAUACUUGGAUUAUUGUCUUUGCAAUAGCAGAGAUGAAAUUUCGUUAGGUUUGGGCGCCAUAAGUGUAGUCGUUUGGGUUGUUGCUGAAAUUCCUCAAAUCAUUACAAAUUACCGGCAGAAAUCCACCGAUGGCCUCUCUAUUGCUUUCUUAACCACUUGGAUUAUUGGGGAUCUUUUCAAUCUUUUUGGCUGCAUUCUGGAACCAGCUACGCUUCCAACCCAGUACUAUAUGGCACUGCUGUAUACAUUAAUUACUGUGAUUCUUGGUUCACAAACCGUAUACUAUGGUCACAUUUAUCCUCGACUAAAAGACAAUGGAUGUCUGCACAAGGGAUUCAAGCCUAUCCAAACUGAAUCAGCAGAUAAGACUGGACAAAGCAAUAAUGAUGUUGGAAAACAAGUAAACUGUUCUGACAAACGGAAAAGCGGGUUGUGCAUUUCAGACAGAGAUAAUGCUCCGAGUUCACCUAUUCCUCUUCCAGCACUUCCUGGAACUAUGUCUCCUCGAAGAGAACUAUACUACAUGUCUGCCAGAUCUCUAUCAAGGAGUCAUACACCUACGGCUGGAUCUUUGUUAGUACAAAGAAUGAGUCCCACCUCUGAUCAUUCUGGGAUUUCCAUUGAACAGCCCUUGCUUGGUGGACAAGUUUCUACACAAUCUGCACCAUCUCCAAACACCAAAACCAUGCUAUGCUUGGUCUCAAUAAUGAUAUUUCUUAGAACUGUUAAUCUUGAAUACUUAGCUAUCGGUUAUCAUAACAUUGAGUUUGAGAAAUCAAAUAAAGGAUUUGUGAUUCAAGUUGGGAGAAAGCUGUUGCAGGUACAUGGUGGGCUAUUACAAGGAAAUGGUAUUGAAGGAAGCAGUGGAAUUGGAAGUUACCUUGGUUGGGCAAUGGCAGCAAUUUAUAUGGGUGGACGGCUUCCCCAAAUUUGUUUGAAUAUGAGAAGGGGGAAUGUGGAGGGCCUUAAUCCUCUAAUGUUUCUCUUUGCUUUGAUUGGUAAUGCAACAUAUGUAGCAAGCAUAAUUGUUAGCAGCUUGGAUUGGUCAAAAAUCAGACCAAAUCUACCAUGGCUUGUAGAUGCAGGAGGCUGUGUGCUACUUGAUGCUUUUAUUUUAAUCCAUUCAUCUACUUCCAUUGUCGGUCAUCUCGAGAUGUAGGUUAUAAGCACGGAAACUCUAAUUCAGCUUAGCAGAUGAUGACAACAAAGUAAUUCAAGGUAUCUCCAAC